AGGCCUAAGGUCAAUCGUUACGAAGCCAGUACACAGUAGUUUGCGAAGACCAUGCCAUAUGCAGGACUGAACAUAGCUAGAGUGUAUACUAUAGUCUUAGCAAAAGGAGAAACCGGCUGGUGAAUGUCUCAAGCAAGCGCAAGACUUGAAAUCAGUGGAGUACUUAGCACACAGCUGAACUAAUAGCAGUAAACUACACUCUAUCUGUACUGUGCAGUGAAACUGUGACAUACUAUGUCUUUAAUGCCGAUGCAGCAUCCAAUGUCCUUGCCAAUCUCAAUGGAACAGCACAUACAUCAGACCAAUGAGAGACUACAGGUACUGCGGCAACAGUUGAGUACCCAUCAAGGCUUUGUGUCGGCAGCCAGGGAGCUACACAUCUGGUGCAGUGAUGCCAGAGCAUUCAGGCCUCAGUAUGAACUCGGACUAAUGAAUUGUCUACAAAUUGUCAGCAGAUUCGCUGCUUCUCCCGGUUUCGAUCUGGAUCUAGGGUACCGAUUGCUGGCGUUGUGCUGCAAUCACAAAGACAAGUUCUCCCCACCUAACGCAGCCCUGCUCACACAGUGGGGUGAAGAUUUGGGUCGUCUCAUGCUGAUGAGAAACCAGAACAUUGCCGAGCGUGCUCGAGGGAUGAUGCCUAUUAGCCACGGCUCUCAACACACAGCCAUGCAGAUGGCCCAGGCAGCACAGGCUGCAGCCGCUCAAGCAGCACACGGUAGAGCACCUCCCAAUCAAUACUCGGGUCAUCCUGGUGAGCAGCCACAACGUUGGCCUUCACAAGACCCGAUGGCUCGGGUUUCCAUAGUAACGACAGUCCAUGCUGGGGUGGCCACACACUCGCCAAGCGAUGGUGGAAGCACUACUGUGUCCCCCUACAUGGCAGCCAACGGUGGGACCCAUCACGACCCUAUGUACUAUCCUGGCGCUCACCCAUCUCCCGGCAACUACAUGCAAAUGGUAGACAACCGUGUCCCUCCAAACCAAAUAGCUCCUCAAAAUCCUGACGUUUCUUCAAAUUCAUCAUAUGGGCCCCCAAAUGCUGUAGCUACAAAUGGCUAUCUUCACGGUAACACUCAGUACGCCGCUACCCCUCCUAAUAACAAUAACAACAACAUACCUGGUAAUAUAUCGGCAGCGGCAGCAGCGGCUGCGGCUGUUGUAGCAGCAGCUGCAACGGCCACAGCGACAGCCACGGCUACGGCAACAGCACAGCUUCACAAGCACCCCGUGGGGCUUAGCAAUGGAGGUCCUGAUGGUGUACUGACACCACCACCUCCUGGAGGUCACCAGACCAGUGUACAUGGUCACCUGACUGGGAUGCCCAAUCAUGUGACCUCACCACCCUCUCAUGUGACACCAACUCAGCAGUCUACCUCAGUACAGCCAACUUUGUCCAGUGCUCCUACCAUGGCCCAUCCAGGGGGGCAAAUUCUCCCGCCAAAUCAUCCCCCCAGACCCAGGACCAUGAGUACAUCGUCUGUAGAGGGGUACCCUGCUGGAAAUUCAGUGUCAACCCCUCACACCCCUGUCUAUCCUCAACCUAACACACCUGCUCAGCAACAGCCGCAAGCAGCUCCUGGACUCCCACCCCCUCCACCCCUCCACUCACAGCUCCACACAGUGUCACAGCCUGCCCAUCCCCCGUCAGUCACGUCCUCACAGGCCCACCCCUCCACACCUCACAUGCACAGUGGUCCCCCAUCAGUCACUGCUCACAACCCACCUCCCAGUUAUCCUGGUGCUCCACAUCCGUCACAGGGUCACACUCCACAAGUGUCACGCCCCUCACAGCCUCCCCAACGUCACAACAGCACGGCUCUCAAUGAUAUGCCCCAGUUUUGCUCCCCCCCAUCCGCAGCAUCGGCUCAGGGGGGGAUGGGCUCGGCCGAGCAGGUGACUAUACAUCCUAAUCCAGCUGGUGCCACGCCCACAGGAAGUGGAGGGUGGAUGGGUCCGCGACAAAUACAAGCAGAGCAUAUACAACAAAAUAUAAUGAGCCCUAUUAACCAGCCACCGUCUGUACCGCCGAGUCAGCAAGGAAUGUACGCCCACCAUCCUCACACCCCUCACGCCUCACACCCGGCACAACAGGGGUGGCCGAAUGGUCACCCUUCAGAUGGCCAAUCAGUGCUCAGUCCUGCCGGAAGUGGGUACAUGGAAAGCCCUCAACCAACAGAGGAGCAAAUGGCAAUGACACCAGCACAGCAGUCCUCAUUCAUGCGUCAGGGAUCGUAUCCAACGCACCCGUACCAACCUUCGUACCCACCGGGUCAUUCUCCCGCCCCCGCUCAGUCGUACCCACACCCACAGCGGCCACAAAACUUAAUAUUGGAAGGUCGUGAUCCGAGUCAACUUGCUGACCCCUACCAACCCUCCCCAACUGCCCAAUCCCCGUACAUGUACAAACCACCACCUCGAUAUUCCUUCCAAAACUCUCCUGCUCAGUCGCCACACCCACAAUACCCUGGUUACCAUGUCAAUACGCCUACGACAGGAUUUCCGGCCCCUCAAGGUCCACCCCCAUACGGUGCUCCCAGCACACCGACAGACUCUGGGUACUAUGGCAGUAUCCCUAAUAUGCACCCUGUACCAUCUCCAGUCAACAGAGGAGGAUACCCAGGUGGAGAUCCCCGGAUGAUCCAGCCUCCUCCCUCCUACACUAGCGCCCCGCCCCACCCACACGCACAGUACCCUUCUCAUACGCGAAUACAAGCACCACAGACCAGUGUACCAAUACCUCCGGACAAACAUCCUCUGAGGCUGACAUUUCCAGUCAAAGGAGGUGUAAUUCUCCACCCAUUCCAACUAGAACAUGCCAAGAGCAUCAGCCAACCUUUAUUCUAUCUCAAAGAUUCAUUCCACAAAAUGCUACUACAGAGAAACGAUCUGGAGCUCCAGUUUAGUUGUUUCCAUAACGACGAUAAGCAAGGACUGUGUAACUGGCCAAGUGGAGUAUCUGUCUCUAUUAAUGAUACAAAGCUAAAUAUUGAUAGGGGAGACUCCAAGCACAGUCAUAAAUCUCUACACUUGAAACACUAUUGUGUAAAUGGGCAGAAUUGUAUCGAAAUAACGGUCACGUCUUGCUGUUGUUCUCACAAGUUCACGCUCCAGCUUGUACACAGACCCUCGGUCAGCUCAGUACUACAGGGGCUGCUCAGGAAAAGACUACUGCCCACUGAACAUUGCAUAGCUAAGAUAAAGAGACUGUUCAACAACGAUUCUGAUGAGGGUAUUGAACAAACUGGAGUGAAAGUCUCGCUAAAAUGUCCCGUUACAUUCAAGAAAAUUAAGCUGCCUGCCAGAGGGGCUGACUGCAAACACACACAGUGCUUUGAUCUAGAGGCGUAUCUCCAGAUGAAUUGUGAGCGAGGGACGUGGAAAUGUCCUGUGUGCAGUAGCAACGCUCAACUGGAAGGGCUUGAAGUGGACCAGUACAUUUGGAGCAUCCUUACGCAAGUCAACACUAAGAACCUAGAUGUGGAUGAGGUCACUGUAGACGCUAAUGCCAACUGGACUGCCGUAGAGAAACCUAUGGACAGCAAGGACGACGAAGCAGACACGCCCCCUCCAAAGAAAAUCAAGCUGGAAGGCUCCACCCCUUGUCCCAACGGCAGCACAGGCAUGGUCCCAGCAACCAGCUCAUUCGCUAAUACUGCAGCAGUAAAAGUACAUAGUUCAAAUGGACUACUCCCCUCCCAUUCUAUUGGUUCUCCCCACUACACCCACGCAAUGAGGGAUGGACCACCCCCUCUGACUAAUGGUGUUUCCCAUGGCAACCACAUGUGGCAUCCUCUAGAGGUUCACGGCCAAGCACAAGUGGCACACCAGCCACAACCAGUGGACCAUGCUGAUGAACUAGAUACUGACCUAACACUCCUGGACAAUGAGUGGCUCGACAGUUUGGCAAAUGAUCUCGGGCCACCGCAAGAACUACUAUCUAUUUUAGAUGACUCAAGGGGUCCUAGUUAAUUGCUAACUCUCUUCUUCAUGAUUGUUCAUUUUCUGUAACAUUUUCAUCUGCUUCUAACAGACUCUCCACACACAUACUUAUCAUCACUGAAAAUGUCAAAUCUUAUGUACUUUUAUUAGAUAUUUUGUAAUGAUCGAUGAAAUCUAUCUGGUUAAU